AUGAUGCAUGCAUGCCAUGAAGAGCUCACUCAGUACAUGCAGCUGCGCUUGACAAGGAUCGGCAUCAUAGAUCACCGAAUCGCUGUUGAAAGAUUCCGCUCGCCAUCAGCAGAAGAUGGCAACCUGCCUGUCGAAACCACGCUUGCAUUGCCGACAGAAGCGAAUGCUUCUCGACAGAAUUUGCAUUGCACGUCAAUUCACAGCGAUGCAACAACAACGCACAAGGUGCAGUGUCGAUUCUGGCUGAUUGUGCCGAUGUCACAAUAUCACGGUACUGUGGAUGGUAGAAGCCGAACGCCCCGUCAAAAUGCACGCGUCGCUGCAUUCACGAUCGCGCAUGCCGGCACGGCCGUUCUCGAUGCCGAGUGGACGAAAAGAAUGAGCACGCAUCUCGUCCGGCGUGCGCUGCCGUUCGAUCCCAUGCGCGUCAACUUCCGGAUCGACGCUGACGGUGUACAAGCGAUUCCCGAUGGAGCGGAGUGUGUACAUGCAGGUGGUGAAAUGAGAACAUGCAGUAGUAGAUCCUCCCUAUCCAAUAUCUUAGGGCCAUCUUGGAACUCAAGAUCUCAUGCCGGGAAGAUCUGA